GGGAGGCAGCCUUUCCGCCUCUCCUUCCUUCUCUGUAGCCCGGCGGACCCGGGAGCCGGUGCGAGGCGGGCACCCGGUGCGUCCCCGGAGCGGGGAGGCCAGGCCCGGCAGCCCUGGGGCCGGUCGGGGCGGCAUCACUGCACCCUCCGCCAGGCCCCGCGGGAUGCACCGUGGGAGCCGAGGGCGGAGGCGACACUCUCAGGUAAAUUGGCAGGAUGAGGAGCAGCAAAUCAAAAGAGGUGCCUUUAUCGAAUCCAAGGAACUCUCAAAGCAAGGAUACUGUGCAAGCAGAUACAACCAUAUCGUGGGAUGCACUUUCUCAGAACAAGGCUGCACUGAGACACAUUGAAAACAAGUUAGAAGUUGCCCCUACAAGUACAGCUGUGUUCGGCCCUGUCAUGGACACCAAGAGAUCUUCUGCAAGUGCUACCCGAAAAAUAAGUAGGAAAGAUGGGAGACACCUGGAUGAGUCUUGGGUUCAUGCUCCAGCCUCCAAAUCUUGGAAAUCACGAAAAGAGAAAUCUCGCAGCCCUCUCAGAGUUACCACCCUGGAGAGCAACAUAAGGAAAAAUAACCGCGUGGAGUUUCGUGAACCUUUGGUUUCUUACAGGGAAAUCCAUGGCACAUCUUCCAAUAUAAGUCCUAGCCAUCUAGAGUCAAAGCAUGUAUAUUGUGUGGAUGUUAAUGAAGAAAAGCCUGAGAGUGGGAACCGGCCGAUCUGCAAUCGAGAGGAAUGGAACACACCUUGCUGUGAUUUUGACAGCUCUCAGUCAUCUGCCAUCAAUGAUACAGUGGUUAGGUUUUUAAAUGAUCGACCAGCAAUUGAUGCAUUGCAAAAUUCUGAAUGUUUGAUUAAGAUGACAGGUCCUAUGAGAACUGAGGAAGAAAAGCCUAGUAGAGCAAAAGGAAAUGAGAAAGCUUCUGUAAGUAACAUGGGCCAUGAUGUUGAUCCAAAAGUGUUACGGAUAACUGACUCUUCUCCGUCCUCUGCGAGUACUUGUAAUUCCCAAAGGUUAGAUAUCUUAAAGCAGCGACAACAUGAUGUCAAACUGGAGAAACUCAAGGAGCGAAUUAGGAAACAGUGGGAACACUCGGAAGAAACAAAUGGCCGGGGCCAGAAUCUGGGUCAUACUGACCAUCCAGUAAUGGUUGUUAACGUUGAUAACUCAGUGACAGCGAAAGUCAGGAAAGUGGCAACAGCACCACCUGCUCCAACAUACAAAGGCUUCAAUCCUUCAGAGACCAAGAUUCGAACACCUGACGGGAAAGUGUGGCAGGAGGCUGAAUUUCAAAACAUGAGUAGAGAACUGUAUCGAGACUUAGCACUUCACUUUGCAGAUGAUAUCUCUGUGAAAGAGAAACCUGCUGAAAAAAGUAAAGAGAAAAAAGUGGUCAAGCCAGUACGAAAAGUCCAAAAGGUAACACAGUUAUCAAGUCCAGAAGGCAAAACAGGUAGCAGUCGUUUGAUAAGUACCUCCUCUUGGCGAGAUGGACAAAAAUUAGUAAAGAAGAUUCUGGGGCCUGCACCCAGAAUGGAGCAAAAAGAGCGAAGAACAGCGUCAAGUGACAGAAGUGGAAGAGACAGAACUACUAAAUCUGGGGGUCAUAUUGGAAGAGCAGAAUCUGAUCCUAGAUUGGAUGUUUUGCAUAGACAUCUUCCACGAAACUCAGAACGUUCGAGAAGUAGAACUCGGUCUGAGACUAAUACAAAGAAAUUAGCUCCAUCUCUUCCAGAUAAUAAACAGGAGGAAAAUACUGCCUUAAAUAAGGACUUUUUACCUCUUGAAAUUCGUGGAAUUCUUGAUGACCUACAGUUGGAUUCUACAGUUCAAGCUGCAAGGCAAGAAACAGGAGAGUUACAGAAUCAGAAGUCCUCAGCACCCGUGCAAGCUCCUAGAAGUCACAGCCCAGUAAAAAGAAAACCUGACAAAAUAACAGCUAAUGAAGAUCCCCCUGUUAUUUCCAAAAAGCGCCACUAUGACACAGAUGAAGUACGACAGUACAUUGUUAGACAGCAGGAGGAAAGGAAGAGGAAGCAAAAUGAAGAGAAGAAGGCUCAGAAGGAGGCUACUGAGCAGAAGAACAAACGAUUACAGGAGCUCUAUCGGAAACAGAAAGAAGCCUUUACUAAAGUAAAAAAUGUGCCUCCUUCUGAGCCAUCAGCAACUAGGCGAUUGCAGGAAACUUACUCCAAAUUGCUCCUAGAGAAGACCUUGCUUGAAGAGCCGCCUCAUCAACAUGUUACACAGGAAACACAGACCAGACCAGGGUAUCAGCCUUCUGGAGAAUCUGACAAGGAAAACAAAGUGCAGGAACGUCCCCUAAGUGCAUCUUCCAGUAGUGACCUGUCUCUCUCCGAACCUCCACAGCCUCUUGCAAGAAAGGACUUGGCGGAACCUACUUGGAUGCAGCCUGACAGAUUGAGCCCACGAGUCCACAGUUCUCAACCACAGCCUCUUGCUGGAUCAGCUGGAAAUUUACUCUCCCAUCUCUUGAAUCUAGAGCAUGUAGGAAUUUUGAAUAAGGAUCUUGAAUCUAUUUUACCACCCAGGAAGAAUCAUCAUAUGGCCUCAGGGCCAUUAACUUUUACACCUCAACCAUAUCUGACCUCACCAGCUGCUCAUCCAGAUGCCUUGUUAAAACCUAGUGCCAGCCAAUAUAAAAGUAAACUGGAUCGUAUUGAAGCCUUGAAAGCAACAGCUGCUUCUUUGUCCAGCAGGAUUGAAAGUGAAGCCAAGAAAUUAGCUGGGGCUAGCAUUAAUUAUGGGUCAGUGUGGAGCACUGACUAUGAUGUACAGCAAACACCUCAAGAGGAUGGAUCUUGGACAAAGGCUGUCAGUCCACCUAUGAAGGAAGAUACUGAAGAUGUUUUCUCUGCCCGAAUUCAAAAGAUGAUGGGAACCUGUGUAUCUCAUGCAACUUUUGAUGACGAUCUUCCUGGUGUAGGCAACCUUAGUGAAUUUAAAAAGCUUCCUGAGAUGAUAAGGCCUCACAGUGCCAUAUCAAGGCUCAGAAUGCCAUCCCCCGGUCCCAAACCAGAAGGGCUCCUGGCACAGUUGUGUAAGAGGCAGACUGACUCUUCUGGCUCUGAUAUGCAAGCUUGUUCUCAAGACAAAGCCAAAUUGUCUCUUGGUUCCAGCAUAGAUUCAGUCAGUGAAGGGCCUCUUCUUAGUGAGGGGAGUCUCUCUGAAGAAGAGGGAGACCAUGACGGACAGCCUCCACUGAAGGUAGCAGAAAUCUUAAAGGAAAAGGAAUUUUGUGCUGGUGAAAGAAAUGGUUAUGAACGCAUCAAAGAGUUUCAAAAGGAAGCUGAAAAAUUCUUGCCACUUUUUGGGCACAUUGGUGGUACACAAAGCAAAGGACCAUGGGAAGAAUUGGCAAAGGGAAGUCCACAUAGUGUCAUUAAUAUUUUUACAAAAUCCUAUCAGUUGUAUGGAAAAGGGCUUGAAGACAGGUUGGAAAGAGGAGCCUCGGCCUCACGGCCUUUCAAUGCUGUCACGACUCCCCUGAGCAGUGUUUCAUAUGAAGAUGAUUUUGUCUCCUCUCCAGGGAGUGGGACUUUGACCGAAAGAAAAUCAGCUCUUGAACCUAAUACCGGAGCUGGCAGUUUGGGCCUUCAGGAGGACCACUGCAGCAGGAAGUCUGCCUAUGACCUGUCCUCUGUGGACAUGACCUCCCAACGCUCGUCAGGGGCCCAGUCCGCUGCGUCAUCUCGCUCGUCUGCAUCUUCUAAAGGGAAGAAAGGAAAAAAGGAAUGGCUGGAUUCACUCACUGGGAACGUUCAGAACUCACUUCUUGAUGAGGAGAAAGUGCACUCUGGCUCAGAACGUGGCUCUCAUCAAGGAAAGAAAUCUGGGACCAGUAGCAAACUUUCUGUGAAAGAUUAUGAGCAGACUCUUGACACUGAUAGCGUGUUAGAGGAUCUUUCUGGGCAUUCUUUGAGUGUCUCCUCAGACAAGGGAAGAUCUCAGAAAACUCCACCUUCUCCCCUCUCUCCAAGUUCCCAGAAAUUGUUGCAGUUUGACCUUCCAGGAACUUCAUUAGAAAGAUCUAAAUCCUCGGUAAUCAUGCCUCCAUCUGGAACAGGAUUUAAGCCUAAUGCACCUUUUCCUGAUAUGAACCCUCCCACCAGCAGAACGCCCUCAGAGAUGGCCUCAGCACCAGGUUCUAAGCGCUUUUCUCCUGCUGGCCUCCAGCAUCGGAUGGCGGCAGAACUCAGUUAUUUGAGUGCCAUCGAGGAGUCAGUGCGCCAGCUGUCAGAUGUGGAAAGGGUUCGAGGCAUCUCACUUGCUCAGCAGGAGAGCGUGUCUCUGGCUCAGAUCAUAAAGGCACAGCAGCAACGCCAUGAAAGAGACUUGGCCCUUUUGAAACUGAAGGCUGAACAAGAGGCUCUGGAGUGUCAGAGACAGUUAGAAGAAACCCGAAACAAAACAGCUCAGGCCCAUGCAGAAUCAUUACAGCAGGUGGUCAAAUCACAGCGGGAAGUGACCGAAGUCCUGCAGGAAGCAACGUGUAAAAUAGCCGCUCAGCAAACAGAGACUGCUCGCCUCACCACAGACGCGGCUCGCCAAAUCUGUGAAAUGGCAGAGUUGACUCGAACUCAUAUCUCAGAGGCCAUUACUGCUUCAGGAGCUCCCUUAACAACACUAUAUGACCACCAGCGGCAGCAUGCUCCAGACUUUGUGAAGCAGCUGAGGACCAGAGCUGAAACCGAUAGGAAGAGUCCAUCUGUUUCACUCUCACAGAGUAAAGAAGGGACCCUUGACUCAAAGCAUCAGAAGUAUUCCCCUUCGUAUGAUAGUUAUUCUGAGUCAUUAAGAUACAAGACUCACGAUCGAAGAAGUAGCAGUGGUAGCAGCCGUCAAGAAAGUCCCUCAGUUCUGUCUUCCAAGGAAAAUGAGAGGAAACUUCAUGGUGAGAAAAUGGAGAGUUCUGUUGAUGAACAGGUUCAGACCGCUGCAGAUGAGUCUCUACGAAGUGACAGCGUACCAUCUCUUCCUGAUGAGAAAGAUUCAACUUCUAUUGCAACAGAAUAUUCACUGAAAUUUGAUGAAUCUAUGACAGAAGAUGAGAUAGAAGAAAAAUCAUUUCGAUCUUUACUACCUUCUGAGAGUCAUCGCAGAUUUAACAUGGAAAAGAAAAGAGGCCAUCAUGAUGACUCUGAUGAUGAAACUUCUCCAGAAAAGACGACACUGUCUUCUGCCAAGGAGCUGAGCAUGCCAUUCUCAGGAGGACAAGAUAGUUUUUCUAAGUUUACAAUGGAGAUGGUUCGACAGUACAUGAAGGAGGAGGAAAUGAGGGCCGCUCACCAGUCUUCACUCCUGCGUCUCCGGGAGAAGGCCUUGAAGGAGAAGACCAAGGCUGAACUAGCCUGGCUAGAGCAUCAGAAAAAACAUUUACGAGACAAAGGAGAAGAUGAUAAAAUGCCCCCACUUCGGAAGAAACAGCGUGGUUUGCUUUUAAGGUUGCAGCAAGAGAAGGCGGAAAUUAAACGUCUUCAGGAAGCCAAUAAGGCAGCUCGGAAGGAAAGACAACUAAUUCUUAAACAGCAGGAGGAGAUAGAGAGGAUCCGACAGACCACCAUGAAAUUACAGGAGAAGCUGAAAUCAGCAGGGGAGAAUAAAUUGGACUCUCAUAGUGACGAUGAUACAAAGGAUAACAAGGCAGCCAGUCCUGGCCCAACUGACUUGGAGACCCGCAGCCCCUCCCCCAUUUCAAUCUCCAGCAGUGAGACUAGCAGCAUUAUGCAGAAACUGAAAAAAAUGAGAAGCCGCAUGGAUGAAAAGUUUCUGACAAAGCGAGAGCAAAAACUAAUGCAACGGCGACAACACGCGGAGGAGUUGCUGGAAUGGAAGCGACGUUUGGAUGCGGAGGAAGCAGAAAUUCGUCAGAUGGAAAAACAAGCUCUGGCUGCCUGGGACAAAGAAUUAAUAAAACCCAAAACUCCAAAGAAAGAAAUUGAGGACCAGAGAACAGAACAGAAAGAAAUCGCAAGGGAAGCAGAAUCUCCAGUACCUUUGUACUCUCACCUACACAGUGAAAGCUCUAUUCCGGAAGAACUGGGCAGCCCUGCUGUAGGAUAUAUACCAUCCGAGUCCAUAGUUCAGGAGCUGCCAGCCAGUCCAGAUCACAGUGUGCUUACAGAAGACAUGGUUUGUUCACAGGAACUGGAAUCUUCAGCCUCUCCUGGUAAACUUUCACCUCCCAAAAGCUGUACAUCUGUGUCAAAGCAGGAGUCUAGCAAAGGAAGUCAUAGGACUGGAGGACAAUGUCGUCUAUCUAUCAAGUCCCAUCAGCACUGUUCUAGUUGGUCAGAUGAGUCAUUAUCUAUGACACAGUCAGAAACAACAUCUGACCAAAGUGACAUUGAAGGUAGGAUCAGAGCCCUAAAGGAUGAGCUGCGGAAAAGAAAAUCAGUUGUGGACCAGCUGAAGAAGGAGCAGAGAAAACGGCAGAAGGAAAGAUUGAAAGCCCAAGAAGCCAGUCUGAUCAAACAGUUAGAGUCAUAUGAUGAAUUCAUUAAGAAAACUGAAGCAGAGCUUAGCCGAGAUUUGGAAACCUCACCAACAGCCAAGCCUCAAAUUAAAACACUCUCCUCAGCUUCUGAAAAACCCAAGAUCAAGCCCCUUCCACUACACAGAUCUGAAACAGCAAAGAACUGGAAAUCACUAACAGAAUCAGAACGUUCCAGAGGGUCGUUGGAGUCCAUCGCUGAACAUGUUGAUGCUGCAUUGGCAGGUUCUGAGAGAUCAUUAUCAGAAAGGUCUUUAUCUGCAUAUGCAAAGAGAGUGAUUGAAUUGGAGAGACAAACAGAAGAGCAUUUUCAGACUUCAUCCCCAAUUCUUCGAUCAUCAAGGAAAACCAGAGCAAAAUCUGGAGAUUCUUUAGAAGAUGUACCUUCAUUAUCUCUUCUCAAAGAGUUGAAUGCACCUAAUAGAAUUCUGGAUGUGUCAGAUGCCAAGGUUGAAGAAGCUAGUCAAAAAUCAGAAAUACAAGAAGUAGACUAUGCAAAAUUGGAAGAGUGUGUGAUUGAAGAUGCCUUUUCAAAACAGUUUAGGGAGUCUGAUGUCUUAAUGAAACUAGACCUGGAACAGGGAGAUUCAUCUGAAAUUCUUUCAAGGAAAGAUCUUCCUAUAGAUCCUGUAAAUGUUCAGAAAGACUUAGUUAGAUUAGCCAUUGAAAAUCUUCAUAAAAAACAGCUGAAAGUGAGAGAGUCAGGUCAAGAUACCGAUCACAGUACAAACACCCAAUCAGAAAAAGAUGUUCAUGAACAAAGGAACAUAAAGGAAAGGGACCUGUCUUUGUCCGAGCAUUUUUUCGCUCCUAAGGAGACAUCAUACUCUGAAGAUUUUGAAGUGUCUUCUUUCAAGAAAGACAUUUCAGCUGAAUUGUACAAAGAUGACUUUGAGGUGUCAUCUUUGUUAUCACUCAGGAAAGGCUCUCAGUCUUGCAGAGAUGAAUCACAGCCAACAAGGAACUCUACAAGUAGAGCCACUAGCUUGGGCAGCGAGGAUGAAAUCAGUGAGUGCCUCAGUGAGAAAAGCCUUUCUGUUCAUAGCAGUGUCCACUCUGAGAGGCUGUUAGAACUCAAGUCCCCUACUGAGCUUAUGAAAAGUAAGGAGCGCAGUGAUGUGGAGCAUGAACAGGGAGUUACAGAACCCCCUUCCUUGGUUUCAGUUUCUGUUGCAGAUGAGUUACGUGAUUUCCACAUUGGGGAUAGGGUGCUGAUUGGCAAUGUUCAACCAGGAACCCUUCGAUUCAAAGGUGUGACCAGUUUUGCUAAAGGAUUUUGGGCUGGAGUGGAGUUGGAUAAAGCUGAAGGAAAUAACAAUGGAACAUAUGAUGGCAUUGUAUACUUUGUGUGCAGAGAGAAACAUGGUAUUUUUGCUCCUCCUCAAAAAAUAUCUCACAUUCCAGAAAACUUUGAUGACUAUGUAGACAUAAACGAAGAUGAAGAGUCUUACUCAGAUGGACAAUAUCAAUACUAUAAUCAAGAACAAAAAGAUACAGCAGAUUCCAAAUUUGAUAGAGAAAAGGAUGCAGGUGAAUAUUUUUGUGAGAACUCUCUACCUAGUAUGCACGAUAUAGAAGCCUCACUUGAUAGAAGCCUUAAAAUAGAAACGGACAACGUACAGGACAUUUCCGGAGUACUUGAAGGCCAUGUUCACCAGCAGUCUUCAGUGGAUUCACUGAUCUCCUCAGAGGAAAACAAAGACCUUGUUUCUGGUGCCAUAGAAAGGGUUUCCCUUGCUGUAGAAGGCGAUGCUUUAGACAGUGCCUUUUCUGAAGAGUUAAAGAAGCAGCAGCAAUUGAAAGAAAAGGAAGAGAACCUAUAUCCCGAGCUGUCAGAAAAGCUCUCUACUCCACUUCUGGAUCUUUUAACGAGAGAAAAGAACCAUUUGGAAGCCCAGCUGAGGUCCUCAGCUAAUGAGGAAAAGUCAAAGCAGCAGCUCGAAAAAGUCAGCUUACUGACAGACAGUUUGCUAACGGUCUUUGUGAAGGACACGGUCAAUCAACUACAAGAAAUCAAAAAAGUUAGGAAUGAGAAAAUCCAGCUUAGCAAUCAGGGGCUUCUUGAUGAUGAUCAAAAGAGUGUGCCGCCCCAGGGCCUACCCCAAAAUCUUGAGGAACCGUCAUCCAGUGUUCCAGAUUGCUUCUUAAGGUCUGAACUAGAAGAUGAAAAAGAGGAGAUUUCUUCACCAGAUAUAUGCCCCAGGCCUGAGAGUCCGGUAUUUGGUGCCAGUGGACAGGAGGAACUCGCUAAAAGACUUGCAGAACUUGAGAUCAGCCGGGAGUUCCUGAGCGUCUUAGGAGAUGAUCAAGACUGGUUUGAUGAAGAUUUUGGUUUGAGCUCUUCUCACAAGAUCCCCAAAAACAAGGCAGAAGAAACAAUUGUACCUCUAAUGGCAGAACCCAAAAGAGCUCCCCAAAAGCCAUGUGAGACGCUGUUGGCAGUCCCACAUACCACAGAGGAGGUAGAAACUCUUGUACAUAAUGCAGCAGAAGAACUCUGGAAGUGGAAGGAAUUAGGUCAUGAUCUCCACAGCAUCAGUGUUCCUACAAAACUGCUUGGCUGUGCCAGUAAGGGUCUAGAUAUAGAAAGCACUAGUAAAAGAGUCUACAAACAGGCGGUUUUUGAUUUAACAAAGGAGAUUUUUGAGGAAAUAUUCGCAGAGGAUCCCAACUUGAAUCAGCCCGUCUGGAUGAAGCCAUGUAGAAACAACUCCAGUUAUUUCCGACGAGUGAAAAAUCCAAAUAGCCUUGAUGAGAUCAAGAACUUCAUAGCCACCGAAGUGCUCAAGUUGUUUAGUCUUAAAAAGGAGCCAAACCACAAAACAGAUUGGCAGAAAAUGAUGAAAUUUGGAAGAAAGAAAAGAGACCGAGUGGAUCAUAUCCUGGUCCAGGAGCUGCACGAGGAGGAGGCGCAGUGGGUGAACUACGACGAGGACGAGCUGUGUGUGAAGAUGCAGCUGGCCGAUGGCAUCUUUGAGACCUUGCUCAGAGAGACUGUCGAUGUUCUGAAUCAGAUCAGUGAAAAACAGGGGAGAAUGCUACUUGUGUGACACCUUGCAAAUAAAUCGAACGCUGAGUGCUAAUAUGAGUCCUGGGCCUUUCUGCCUCCUGAUACACACCCCAUCUCCAUCAUAGCAAGAGUGCUUCUGGACUUGGUACCUUUCCUUAAAGACUACUGGCUCGGAGUUCAUGGGACAAUGCGGUAUAUCUGGUAUGACAGCCUUUGCCUUUAGAGACCGUCCCCUGGAUUGAUUGGUUAUUUUUGGUGGGCAGGGCCGCACUCCUGAUGUUGACCCGCAGUAUAAUCUUACACCUCUUGUUGGCACCCCUGCUGGGUCCCAGAUGCGGGCUGAAAACCCCAGACUCGCCUCUUAGCUUAGACCAGCUUAGAGGCUAUCACUUCGUUGAAUCUGAAGUCGGACGGGUGAGGUGUAUAGAUAAUGUGUGUCCUACCAUUUUGGAAAUGUAAUUCCGGUCUAUACCAUGAAAGUCAUAAAUGGACAUUAUAGUCUCUAAACAGUAUUAAACCCUUAACCACUUCUAAAUAGGCAGGUUUAAUAAUGUGUGCCUAUUUCACAUUCUGGAAUUCAUUUCGUUUCUUUUUGAAGACAGUUUUCUUCCAUUCUUGCAGUUGAGCAGCACCGAGUAGACUGUUGAGUUAACAGAAAUCAGUGGUAGCCUUGCUUUCUGAGCACCAUCUGAAGAAUUUUAAACCUUUGCAUUAUUUUUAGUUCUCUCUCUGUGGGCAUGAAAACGAGGCAUGCCCCCACUGAAGACCGGGCUCAAAGGACGGAUGCGGGGCUGGCUCUUCUACCCCUUCUUCUGUCCCUGCACUUUUCUUACUCCUUCCAAACCUCUACCAGCUGCUCCCAGAAUCCCAGAUCCUCAGGACCAUCUCAGGCAUCCAGGCAUGGCAAAAGUGGAGAAAUGAUUCAUUUUGGCCUUCAAACUUUCAACUCCCCCAUCUCUCCCCAAGAUGUCAGAGACGCUGUUACUUGAAUGAUUUAGGAAAUGAGUGUGUGCACCAAAGACAAGAAGAUAUUGUCUAUUGUUCGUGUGCUUGUUUGCGCUAUGGAACAUUUUUUUUUAAUUUAUUUUCAGAUAAGUUAUUAAGUUGGAAAUGCACGUCCCUAUUCAGAAGUGAAAGAUUCUUCUUGUAAUAGUUAAGCUUCCGUCUUGAAGCUUCUGUGGUUCAUAGUCUUUGCACAGGAAAUCUACGGUUUCAACACACCCAGACACGUAUCGAAGAAGGCAGUUUGAUUUACUGAAAAGAUGAGCUUUUCCGAGAUCCCCUGCAGUAGCAGGAAUGGAAUAAGGUGAUUGAAAGACACCGUACCAGUCAGUUCUGCCUCUCCCGCAGCUUUGCUUCUCACAGCGCUUACCUGUACCUGAAAAGACUCCAGCUGCUACAUUAGAGCACACGCGAUGCUCACCGGGACCUCAGUACACUGCCUUCUCAACUGGUUUCUCUUACCAGUCCCGUCCUUCUUUGAGCAAUCUAGAAGAAUGUGGAUAAUCUUAGGCGUGAAUGUAAAUGCCUUAAUAUUGGAAGGUCCUGAUUAGAAGCAUGAUAUAAGACAUCCACUGGAUUCCUAUUUACAAAUAUCCUGGAAUGUAGAGCUUCAAAAUAUGUUAGAAAAACCCCAAAGAUGGUAUAAUCUUUAAGUGUGCACGUUCAUUCAUUUCUGCAUCUUCCCUCCCAACUUGCCUUUGCGUCUCAAAUGUUUCACUAUGCACACUUCCAUUCCUCCUCGGUUUCAUCUUGUCAUUACGAGAAACUUACUGAAACGAUCAUUGGAAUAUUUGCAUUUUGCACAAUGACUGGUCUGAUAGCUCUUGACAAAUAAGGAAAGCACUGAAAUGUGGUGAUUGGGUCUCGGGAAAUGCGCAGUUUGACGCAUUGCCAGCAUUUCUUCUGGGCUUUUGAUGUGGAGCUCUAGUCUUGUAGCCAUAACGAGCAGAUCGACUAAGAGAAGCUAGGGUUUCUUGGGGUUAUUAACCAGUAGUGUGGAGAUCUUGUUCUCAUGCGGCCAAGGAAAAGCAAAGGCCUUUCUUUUUAGUCUGUGUUACUUGGAAGACAGAAAAACAUCUUGUCUACACCCUUUGGCUGUUUGUAGGAUUACAUUGUCCUUAUGAUACUGAAACUUUACAGCUGCUAUAAAUUUUUUAUAAGUGAAUAUAAAAAUAAUAUAAUAGGAAUAUAGGUUGUUUUUCUACAUUCUCAUUAUUUGGACCUAAAUCAAUUUUUAAUAAGAAAGUUAAUCUUUACUCUUUAUGACAUUAUGAUUCCAGAACAGGAAAAGAGUAGAUCAGAGCGUGGAGUGAGUUCGCGGGGCGGGCGCUGCCGGGAGCGCGGGCCUCAGAAACGCGGGCUCCGCUGCGGAGGCAGCAGUCGGCCCGUCUUGCCCCUUGUUAGAAAUGGUUGUCCGGAGUUUGGUAGCAGAAUACAGAGGAAUCUAUAAUUAGCAGAUUUCUUAUUAUUUUAACUAUUGGAUAUAACGGAGAAGGUGUUUAUCGUUAGUGUUAGGACUGAUGACUGUGGAUACCCAGCCACUCGUUCCAUAUUGGGAUCUUUUUAAUGAAGCUCUGCCUCCUCACCAAGAAUCUAAAUAGUCCCUCCUCCCAAUCUUUGUUCCUUCUCCCCACGCCCCAUCCUCUUUCACUCUUUCUUCGUAAUUCCUCUAAGAAAAAGAUCUUUGCAUCAGCAGUAAUACCUUUUAGAAUAGCACUAUCAGAAUUUAGUAGUAAACCAACAUAGAGGCUUCAGAUGUAUGUCUGAGUCCAAAAUAAUUUGUGCUAUCCAGGGUACUUAACUCUGGGUUAAAUAAGUACAGGGUAUAGAUUCCCUCUUCAGGUCUAAACAGGAAUUUUUAUUCUAGGGAAAAGUGGGAAGAGCUCAAAAGGAGUUAAUAAAGAAGGUAAUUUGUUUUUCUUUUACCCAAAAGAAAAGAAAAUUCCUUCUGUGACUACAGGUCUCUGAGAAAUUAUCUUUCAGAAGAGAUUUCCUUGCUCAUAAGAGUGUUGUGGCCUAUUGAUAAAAACAAUUUUGUUCACUUUCUUGUCUUGAAAAAAAGUGGCCUUAGCUUUUUGCAAUACUUGAAUAAAGUGUGUACUCGCACAGCGUUAGAGACUCAUAACUUUUCUGCAAGAAGUCAAACUUACAUCUUCUUUCACUACCUUAAGAAUACUAGUGAAUAAAAACAUUAAUUCAAAGAGCAAAUGAUAGAAACUACAAUGAUGUUUAACGCAAAUUGUAGGAACUUAUAUGUUUACAAAUCAUCUUAAACUGGUUGUGCAGCAAUUCAAUAAAAUAUCUUUGUAUUAUAAAAAUGUGAAGAAAAAAUGUAAACUGAUGUAAAGGAGGUACUGUCAUUUAAAUUAACCUAUGUUUAAUAGCUUUCCCUUCCGGACUUUGCAAAGCCUUCUCGGUAAACACGUUGCAAAGCGUCCUCUGGGAGGCCUGGCCUCCGUGUGUGUACUGUACUGUGCAGACAUGAAAAAGCAAACCCGUUUACUGUGUAUGUGUAAAUAGCCUGGUCACCAGGCCACUUCCAGCCCAUGGUCCCCUCCGGUGCAGCCCGCACACGACACUUGGGGUGUGGUCUGUAAGUGUGAUCUGUGAAAUAACUGGGACGGGCUCCCAUGUAUACCUGUGUAAAUAGAUUUGUCAACUGAAAUGUACUUUAAGAAAAGAUAAAAUCUGUAAAUAAACUGAUUUAUAAAUUAA